AUGAAAAGAAAACCACUAAAAUCAUGUACGUCUGUACUGAGCUGUUCUGGAAUUCUUAAAGGAUUUGGUGAAUUGGCUAUCCAUCCACAUAGAAGCAUUCGGAACGAAUCUACCGUGAGUCAUAAAGAAUUUGAGUUUACAAAGCAUUUGGAGAAUUUACAACCAACAGAGCAUUGGUUUAAAAAUCUUGAUGCCAAGAAAAGGGAACAAUAUGAUCUGUUGCAAAAAGAACUUGAAAUUUACGUAUACUUGGCGACAAUUAUGCCACAAAAAUUGUCAGAUAAAGAUUGGAAUCAGCUUCUCACAUUGAAAGAUGUUAAAUCUCGAGUUGGUCUACUGGCCUUCGUCGCCCUCAAACAAAUUCGGGAAGAAAAAGAUCAGCGAAAGAAAGAAUCGAAAGAUAAUGAUUACCAGUCGCAUCUUGUGUGUGAAACCGAAAAGUUUCUCAGAGGAGAGAUGGGAUAUGGUGUUGGAUUAAAUCAGCUCCUUAUCAAUCCAUUGAGAAAUCGCAAAAAAUUGAAUCACAUCCGAGGCUCCCGUGUACUUCGCAGUUUGACAAUGGAAGCUCCUGAGCUUUUGCUAGAUUUACAGAAUAUACCUAAUGAGCUUCAGAGAAAUCAGAGAACUUUAGCCCGCCAUGUGCAGUAUCUCAUCAGUGAGAAUUAUGAUAAUAGUGUGCCACUCCCUUUACGUUUCAUUAACUAUAAAGAUGAUGAAUAUCACAGGAAUUUCGUAUUCAAGGAAAUAGGUUUUUUCAACGGCGAUUACUUAGAUCAAAACAUCCUACCCCAGGUAUCUGAGCUAGGUGUGCAAAAUCAGGAAAAGGAAGUGAUAUAUAUUUCUCGGCAUGCGCGUUCAGUUUUAGAUGGACCACUAAAACAUGACGCUUAUGUAAUUCCUAUUACUAUGGAUGCUUCACGGGAAGCGUUAGGUAAUGGGAGGAGGGCUAAAGUUCACACAAUGAGACUACCAAUACAAAGAUAUGUGAAAUGGCAGAAUGGACCUAUGGUGAUUUCCUGUAAUAACAUUGCCCGUAUACUGAGAGAUGUUUAUGUCAGCGGAGGUGAUUGGAAAUAUGCAUUCUUGAAGAACAUCUCGAAGCGUCAUUUCAUGUCAGUAGAAGAGAGAGAAUCUACGAUGUGGAAUACAAAUAAGUAUAAAGAGAGAAUGAGAGAACAGCGAGAUUUAAUCCAAGCUAUUCGUGAUGCUACAGGUCAUCUUUAA